AUGCAGCACAUCAUUCCCACUGUUACCAACUUCGUCGAUCCAUUUUGGUUCUGGAUGGGUCCGGUCAGCUCAGAGCGGCCCUUGCGUUCCUGGGAAGCCAUUGCUCAGGGGACUACAAUCGUGGUGAUCGACCCUAUGGAACUCGACUCCCACUAUAUCUGCCUUUGGGAAGUCAGAGCAGACGAGGUCGUCGGACAUUGGUCUUGGGAUGAGUUGUCUUCAAAGCCGAACUGGUACGAUGAUGCCGUCCUCCCUGCUUUGAAGAGUUUCCGAGAGAAGAGACAACAAUACCAAGUCUCAGAGGACCUUUCAAUUGCUCUUAGUGCUCUUGGGUUAAACGAACCUUCGACCGAGAGCUCUUCGGAUCACGGCAGCAGCGACGAAGAGGUCCUUGAGAGCCCCAAUGGAAGUGACCCUAUUCGAGAUGGUAUUCGAGCGAACCUCUAAAGCCGCACGAUCACUCUUUAAGUGGUCUUGUUGGCCCGGUAUCAAAUUUUGACUUGAAUGAAUAUUGUGUAAAGUUGUGAUAUUUGGACGUCGGUCUUGUUGAAUUGCCUUGUAGCUAUGAACCCUUGCUGGUCUAUCAUUAUCGGUAUGUCAGUAGUUAACUUGCAUUGCUUACUGGAGACAUGUGAAAACUAGACAGGAGUUGCCAUAC